UGACUCAAUUUUUGGAGGUCGGAUACGUGAUGAUGACGAAGAAAAGGCAUCUUGAAGCACAAGGUUUGAACCAAUGAUGAUCUUCGGGUAUAAUUUGUAUGUGGUGUCUUCCAUAUUGUCUAUCAGAGAGGGAAGACCGGACUAUGCUAAUAUAUUUUUGAUUGGUGACGUGGGGAAUGCUCGAAGCGAUCUUCUAACAGCGGAGUGAUACGGUGCAGCCAACAAUUUUAGGUGACUGAAUGAUGCCCAUAUAUUUCAACAGCGUAAUUGAUGACGGAGAGUAUGAGUGCCUUGACAACAUUAAUUAGCAAAGAUGGGCCAAUGAGCGAACGCUUGCAUGCUAGCACGUCUUCUUUUGCCUGUCCUCAAUGUCGCAAACUCAAUCCAAAAUCCCACAAAAUUUAUUUAAAUUUGGAAAAGCCAAAAACUGAGGAGGAUGUAGAACAACUAAAAGCUCAACUUAUGCUGGCGGAAUUAAAGUUGGAGGAAAUGAAUAAAAAUGUUCAAGCAGAGGAGAAAAGUUCUAACUUGAGUUGUCAAAGGAUAAGUGAAGUAUUGAGUUCGCCCUUUGAAUUGAAAGGUAUAAUAAUGAAAGGAGUUUCUAAAUCGGAUAUUAAAACUCCUCUCAUCGAAACAAUUUUAAUGUUUGCUAAUAUUAUGAAAGUACCAUGUGAGCACUCUGAUAUUGAAACAGUGUUUAUUUUUGAUCGGAAGUUUUUUCUAAGGACUCAAAAUUAUAACAAAGUCAACAUAGUUGUAAAAUUUAAAACACAUAAAAUGAAGGAUAUGUUUCUUAGCAAUAAGAAAAUUCUGUCUCCUCGAGGAAUAAUAUUUAAUGAAUUUGUAGACCAAGAUACCAAUGCAUUAUUUGAAUAUGCCAAAUCUCUGCUAUCCGCUAACUAUAAACACAUAUUUUGCAGACAUAACAGUAUUUUUGCGCAGAAAGAUGAUGGUGAUAUUUCACACCAUAUCAGUAAUAAAAACGACGUUGAUAUGCUAAUGUCAUUAUAACAAAAUAUGUAUGUAUGUUUUUUUUUUUAAUAAACG